CUCCUCCUCCUCCUCCCAGCUGAUGAAGGAGCCUCUGCUUCAGGACAAACGCAGCGAGCACGUGCGUUUCUGCCGCUACGCAGCUGAGCUAACGGAGCGCGUGUCGGGGAAACCUCUCCUCAUGGGGAGCGACGUCUCAUUGGCUCGCCUGCAGAGGGCCAACGUGGUCGCCCAAUCACGGAUCACCUUCUCCCAGAAGGAGCUGCUGGUGUUGAUCAGGAACCACCUGGUGGCCAAAGGGCUGCAUGACACCGCUAACACCCUCGUCAGGGAGGCCAACCUCCCCUCCUCCCCUCCCCUGAUCUGCAGGAGUCACCGCUCGGACAGACAAGGUCGUAUCGGCGGCGGCCAUGUUGGCUCUUCUCCUGCGUCCUCAUUGGCUGUUGCCUCCUCCUCCUCCACUCCCAUUCGCUCCCUCGUCCUCUCCUCCCCCUCGCCAGCGUCUCUUCUGUCGGGUCGGAUUCUGUUUUCUCGAGAACGACCGCCUGCGAUCUGUAACUCUGGGAGGAGACUGAGGGCGCUGAAGCAGAAGUCGGACCACGGUGCCUUCAUACAGGUCAGGGAGGCCAU